AUGCUGUCAUGCACCACCAAGCUUGCCGAUCUCCCCUUCAAGCCAAAGGGAAUCAUUCUUUCCGGAGGACCAGCAUCCGUUUACGAUAAGGACGCACCUCAUGUUGAUCCUGCCAUUCUUGACCUUGGUGUCCCAGUCUUGGGUAUUUGCUACGGUUGCCAGGCACGUCUGUGCCUUCACCUCAUGCCAUCAGAGAUUGCGGAGAGCAGUUGGAGGAUUGCCGAAGAUACAAUACGAUCAAAGUUUUCAGAACGUGAGCUGAUCGACUCUUUGCAGGAGCUUGCUUGGAGAAUCGAUUCUGAGAAUGUUGCUGGUGGAAAAAUCCGAGAGUAUGGUCAUGCCGAUGUUACCAUUCACAACGGAGGAGACUCCCACGUCAACCGUCUCUUCGCUGGGUUGGGAGAGACGAUGCACGCUUACAUGAGUCACUUUGACAAGCUCGUCAAGCUGCCUGCCGGAUUUGAGGUUAUCGCAAGCACCCAGAACUCUGAGUUCGCCGGAAUCGCCCACCAGACCAAGCCCAUCUAUGGUGUCCAAUUCCACCCAGAGCUGGAACACACACCCCGUGGUAUUGAGAUCCUACGCAACUUCGCCACCGAGAUCUGCGGAGCCCAGCCCAAUUGGGAGAUGAAGGACUUCAUCAAGAAUGAGAUUGCUAGCAUCCGACACCUUGUUGGCGAUCGCGCUCAGGUUAUUGGUGCCGUCAGCGGCGGCGUUGAUUCGACGGUUGCCUCCAAGCUGAUGCGAGAGGCAAUUGACCUCAAGGUCCCUCAUUUUCGUGAUUGGGAGGCUAACGUAGAUCCAGGGGACCGCUUUCACGCAAUCCUCGUCGACAAUGGAUUCAUGCGUCUCAACGAGUGCGAACAGGUCAAAGAGACUCUUGACAAGCAUCUCGGCAUCAACCUGACCGUUGUCGACGGAGCUGAACUGUUCCUAAGCCGCCUCAAGGGUGUUAACGAUCCAGAGAAGAAGCGCAAGAUCAUCGGAGCUACCUUCAUCGAUCUUUUCCAACAAGAAGCCCUUCGGAUCGAGAAGGAGGCCGAAGACACCCCCAAUGCGGGCCCAGUCGAAUGGUUCUUGCAAGGCACUCUAUACCCUGAUAUUAUCGAGAGUGUCUCCUACAAAGGCCCAUCUUCAACUAUUAAAUCUCACCACAAUACUGGAGGCCUUCCUGACACUCUCAAGCUGAAACUGAUUGAGCCUUUAAAAGCUCUCUUCAAGGAUGAGGUGAGAGCGUUUGGCCGCGAGCUGGGCAUUCACAAAGACCUUGUGAAUCGCCAUCCUUUCCCCGGUCCCGGUCUCGCGAUCCGCAUCCUUGGAGAAAUCACAGACCAGCGACUUGCGUGCGCAAGAGCAGCCGACCAUAUCUUUAUCUCUGAGAUUAGAGCAGCUGGUAUAUACGACGAGAUGAGCCAAGCCUACGUUGCCAUCAGUCAAGACCGAGCUGUUGGUGUUCAGGGUGACGCGCGAGUUUACGGAUUCAUUGCUAUCCUUCGUGCCGUCAAAACCCUUGACUUCAUGAGCGCCGAGCCUUAUGAAUUUGACUUCGCCUUGCUCAAGAAGAUCUCGACGCGUAUCGUCAACGAGGUGGAGGGUAUCGCGCGUGUGACUUACGACCUUACAAGCAAGCCUCCCGGCACCAUUGAGAUGGAGUAA